AUCGUGUGAGUUCUGCAACUUGCUUGGGUGUUUGCAGAAUUCAUUAGAAUUUGGUGAUUCUCAUCUCUGAGUUCACUCAAACAGUCUUAUUCAGGAAUGGAACUCCUUCUCAUAUUAUGUUCUUAUGGAAAAAAUCAAUCCCUUCCAAAAUGCUCAAAGAAAUCAAACUUUCUACUUCGCUUUGAAUUUUUGAGAACGGAUCAGUGGAAAUAGAAAUUAAUGAUUUCUCUGCGGAGCGUUACUAAUGCAAUAGCGAGCAAAAUAUGAAUUUUAUGAAGCAGAAUGAAUGAUACUUGCGCUAUACUCGCCAUGGUGAAAUUUUUUCAACUUUCAAAGCUGAAUAUUUUUUACGAUGGCUUUCGAAGUAAUGGAGCAGAUUUUGGACCCGAAGAGAGCAAUCUUGAACGAUAUUUGAAACAAUGGGAAGCGAAAUAAAUUACCGACGAAUUUUUCAAACACUCGUCGACAUCAUUGAAAAGGUACGCGAAAUGGAAAGGACAUUAACCGGGGACCCGAACAGGUGUUAACGUUGCUGCGCCAAUUCAUUGAAUAUGGAUUUGCGGUGGAUAAUCGUUAUCAAAGGAGUCGUUAAAUAGAUGCGAUUAAUAUGGAUUAUACUGUUAUGAUAACAUUAAUUUUCGUUCAAGUAAUCGUGGAUGAAGUUGAAAACGAAGUUAGCCCACGUUGCGAAUGCUUAACGUAUACGAAAACAUUCGGUAAAGAAUUUGGAACAUUCAACAGCCCAGAUUAUCCGUACCCGUAUCCUCCUUCGAUCGACUGUUUACUUUAUACCUUUGUCGCCGAUGCUAAAGAAAUUGUCGAAAUAACGUUCAAGGAUUUCAACGUACAUAAAGCCAAUUCUAGAUGCAUGGAUAGCGAUUAUUUGAAAGUUUAUGCCCACGACGAAGAUGGUAAAAUUAACGAAUAUACUCAGUGGGAUAGCGUUUUAUGUGGCCGAUAUCCAGAUAUUCCUCAUGUACUUUAUAGCUCGGUGCCGGCUUUGGUUUUACAAUUUCAUAGCGGAAAUAAAAGCAACAAUUGUACGGGUUUCAUCGGAACGUUUCGUUUUCUCGAUAAACGUAUUUUCGAAACAGACGGAAGACAGAUUAGUGGUACGACAUGUGAUCAGCAAUUCGAAAGUGGUAAUAGUAGUCAACAAGGAAGAUUUUAUUCUCCACGUUAUCCCGCAUCAUAUCCCAGAUCAAUUCGUUGUUUUUACCACUUCAAAGCGAGGCCCGAAGAAAGGAUUAAAUUGGUAUUUGAAGAGUUGAUGUUUCAAAAAGGAGACGACAGUUGCAUUAAUCGCGAGGAUAUUAUUAAAGUGUUCGAUGGAUAUAAUGUAGCUUCGCCGAAUAUUUUACUAUUAUGUAACGAACUUACGCAAGUAGAAAUAUUCUCAACUGGACCAAACUUGUACGUUGAAUUUAUCGCUAACGACCACUGGCCUGGUCAAGGAUUCAAAGCUACGUAUUAUUUUCAACACGUUAACGAGUUGCAAAAUUUCAACGAAAUUCAACAAGAAGAUUUUAGAAGAAAUCUAAGGGGCAAUUCACACAACACUCUCCAAAGGUCCAGUUCUUCUAACGAUAAGCUUUUAUCAGGUCGGCCUAUAUCAUAUCCCUUAACUAGAAAUUCCUGUGAUAUUUACAUCCGUAGUACUGAAAGUAGAAACGGAAGUUUUACCUCUCCAUUAUAUCCUAGACCGUAUCCAGGAAACAGUAGAUGUUUGUUCGUCUUCCAAGCGCAUGGUAGAGAAAGGAUACAAAUAACUUUCGAAGAUCUCAACUUAUAUUAUAAUAGCAAAGAGCCAAAAGUGUGUUCAGGAACGGAUUCGAUUGUAAUUUAUGGUAAAAUCGAAGGUCGUAUGGAAAAAAUAAUGACCUUAUGUGGUACGGAUACCUCAUUGCCUGUGAUGUCAAGCGGACCUAUAUUAGCGUUAGAAUUUUUGGGAUUUUAUUCGUCAGCGUAUAGCAAAGGAUUCAAAGCAUUUUAUAACUUCAUCGAAAAUUUCGGUAUCACAACUGGCGAACAACUUUCAAUAUUACCGUGCGCUUUCCAAUAUAACAGCACAAGUGUUAAUGACGUUAGAACUUUUACAAGUCCGAAUUUUCCUGGUUUAUAUCCGCGCAACACAGAAUGCCAUUAUUUUUUCUAUGGAAGACCUAAAGAGAAAAUCAGAAUAAAAUUUACUUAUUUCGACGUCGAAGGGGUAUUACCAUGCGACGAACAUUCGGAAAGCGAUUACGUCGAAUUUUCCAAUUAUAUGGCUCACGAUAUUAAUUUCGCUCGGCAUUGCGGAAAUCUUUCUUCAUUUAGCGUUUCGUCAAUUGGUAAUUUUUUUAGAGUAUCGUUUAAAAGUAACAACGUACUAGAUGGUUCAGGAUUCCGCGCCACUUACCAGUUCCUUAAUGAUAGUUCAACGCGUGAAAAAAUCUCCAAUCCUAAUUUAGCUCAUACUCGAAAACCUCAAGAUAUUUUUUUAUUACAAGCGUUCCUUUUAUUAUUAACACAAAGCGUUACCAAUCUUCAAAUAAUAUCUAAUAUUUUUAAAAGACUGAUGUUAUAAAUUUCGAUGUGAAAUAUAAGUUUUUAUAUUUUGUUAA